UUUCGAAAGUUCAAUUUUGCAUGGCGGACGUGCAAGUGGGUUCUGUUAUUUGUUAGUGUCUACUGAUAAUUUCAUUUAUUAUUUCUCUGAGAUUCCUUAUGGAAAGACAAAUUUUCAUGUUACUUUUUCUUUGUGGUCGUGCUUUAUUCAUUCCUUAACGUUAGAUGAUGUUAAAGUGUUAGUUUUUGUUCGAAAUUAUAAGAACUGCAUAGGUUUUUCUCUAAAAUGGGAAAAUGUGACGAAGCUAAUGUCGAAGUUAGUAUGGGGGACUCGGCGUCCCCCAUGAAACCUGAUAAUUUUACCUUCACCGUACCUCCGGAGGCCCCUGUCUUCGAACCAACGCCUGAAGAAUUCCUGGAUCCUUUAGCGUAUAUCAGUAAAAUCAGGCCAAUUGCGGAGAAGUCGGGGAUUUGCAAAAUUAAACCCCCUCCCCAUUGGCAGCCACCAUUUGCUGUAGAUGUAGAUCGUCUACGAUUCACACCAAGAAUUCAACGGCUGAAUGAAUUAGAGGCUAUUACACGUGUGAAGCUAAAUUUUCUAGACCAAAUCAUUAAAUUCUGGGAACUGCAAGGUUCUGUUCUGAAGAUACCUACAGUUGAACGGAAGCCGCUGGACUUGUAUGCUUUACAUAAGAUUGUGAAGGAGGCUGGCGGUUUUGAAGUAUGUUCUGCGGAGCGGAAGUGGUCAAAAAUUGCCCGUCGUAUGGGACAUCCUCAGGGCAAAGGCAUCGGGUCAAUAAUGAAGAACCAUUAUGAACGCAUCCUCUACCCUUAUGACGUGUUCAAAAAUAACGGCGCUGUGGGGGACAAUAAGGAGACGAAAAUUGAAGUAAAAACCGAGCAGACCCCUGAAAAGGUGAACGCUCGUAGCCGGUCGAGCAGCAAAGGCCCAGCGGCGACUCCGCCCCCCGGGCGCCGGUACAAGACAUCGGAGCCCGAGGCGGCCGAAGGCAGCCACACUGAGGGAGCUUUGCCUGGGGCCGAUGAGAAAAAGACACCUAUUAAGGAGGAACCCACUGAGAAUCGGAGGAGUCCUCGUGAAAACAAAUGGAUGUCGAGUGCUGCGUCGUGCGGCGCACGCGCCCGUGUCCUAAGAUCGACGAAAUUACGCGAGCAUCGCUUGAGUAAUAUGACCGUGUCAGUCACUCCAGCACCCGUGCCUGCGCCGCCUGUAGUCACGCCCAGACCUUUGGAUCCUUUGGCGAAAUACAUGUGUCACAUUUGCGGUAGGGGUGACAUCGAAGAGCAAAUGUUACUCUGUGACGGGUGUGAUGACUCAUACCACACUUUCUGCCUUGUGCCACCCCUGGCUGAUGUCCCUAAGGGUGAUUGGCGAUGCCCCGUCUGCUUGGCUGAGGAGGUAUCAAAGCCUGCAGCAGCUUUUGGCUUCGAGCAGGCGUCCCGCGAAUACACCUUACAACAGUUUGGAGAAAUGGCUGAUCAAUUUAAAUCGGAUUACUUUAACAUGCCUGUACAUAUGGUGCCAACUUCAACAGUAGAGAGAGAAUUUUGGCGAGUUGUCUCUUCCAUAGACGAGGAUGUCACAGUUGAAUAUGGAGCGGAUCUACACUCUAUGGAUCAUGGAUCAGGAUUCCCAACAAAGUCAAGCGCACACCUUUAUCCCGGUGAACAACAAUAUGCUGAGUCAAGUUGGAAUUUGAAUAAUUUACCCGUUUUGGAGGGUUCAGUAUUGGGACAUAUUAAUGCUGAUAUAUCAGGAAUGAAGGUUCCAUGGCUGUAUGUUGGUAUGUGCUUUGCGACAUUCUGCUGGCACAAUGAAGAUCACUGGAGUUACUCAAUCAAUUACCUACAUUGGGGUGAAGCGAAGACGUGGUAUGGAGUACCAUCCUCUAAAGCGGAACAGUUCGAGGCAGCAAUGAAGGCCGAAGCCCCAGAGCUGUUCCAGCUGCAGCCUGAUCUGCUGCAUCAGCUUGUUACCAUCAUGAACCCCAAUAUACUCAUGAAGGCUGGCGUGCCUGUUUAUAGGACGGAUCAGCACGCGGGCGAAUUCGUCAUAACCUUCCCUCGCGCUUACCACGCCGGCUUCAACCAAGGAUACAAUUUUGCUGAAGCGGUUAACUUUACACCGGCUGAUUGGCUAAAAAUGGGUCGCGAAUGUAUCGGCCACUAUUCGACGCUACGCCGUUAUUGUGUAUUCUCGCAUGACGAAUUAGUAUGCAAAAUGGCGUUAGAGGCAGAUACACUCAGUCUCACUGUCGCGUUAGCGGCCUAUAGAGAUAUGAGGACCAUGCUUCAUGAUGAGAGGAAAUUGAGAAAGGCACUUUUGGACUGGGGCGUUACCGAAGCGGAGAGAGAAGCGUUCGAACUCCUCCCAGACGAUGAGCGGCAGUGCCACCUCUGCAAGACGACGUGCUUCCUCUCGUGCGUCACGUGCACGUGUACGCAAAAUGUUGCGUGCUUGAGACAUUUCCACCAGUUGUGCGAUUGUUCACCAGCUGUUCAUAAACUUAGAUAUCGUUACACGUUAGACGAGUUGCCGGCCAUGUUGGAGAAGUUGAAACGCAAGUCGGAGCAGUUCCGUGAGUGGGCGGAGGCUGUACAGAACGCCUUAGACCCGGACACGCCCAAGACUUGCGACCUCGAUGGCUUGAGGGUGCACUUGAAGAGGGCACAUGAUCUCAAAAUACACAAAACUGAACUAGUCCGAGCACUCGAAACGGCAAUAGAAGAUGCCGAGAAGUGCGCGUCUGUGAUACAACAACUUGAUUUAAAUAAGAUGAGGACACGUACGCGUCACCACGACCCCAAAUAUAAGCUGACGAUACACGAGUUGACGUUAUUUGCCGCGGAAAUCGAUGGAUUGGCUUGUGUUUUGCCUGAAGGAUCGGCUGUCAAAGAAGUGCUACGUCAAACAGAAGAGUUCGAAGAUCGCGCUACUGAAUUACUGAAUAUGGAUUUGGAUGAAUGUGAUUCUUCUUCUGUCAGAGAACUUGAGGAUGUGGUAGAACUCGGCACACAUCUAUGUAUAGUGCUGCCCCAGCUACCAGCAUUGCAGGCGCGAUUACUCCAAGAGAAAUUCAUCGUAUCAUCGAGGGAACAUCGUGAGGACUACGCGACACUAACGCCAGAGGUUAUCGAUAAAUUACUCCAAGAAGCGGCUAGUGUUGUGCCGCAUUCGAGAGUCGAAAUCGAGAAGGCGCGGUUGUAUAAGCUUAAAUUGCAAGUGGAAGAGUGGGAGGCCCGUGUGAAAGGAGUACUAUUGGAUAUGAAUACAACCAGAAGUCCCGAUAUCAUGGAUGAGUCGGAGCGAUCGCAUACAACAAUCACCGAAUUGGACGCUUUGCUGGCUGAAGGCGAUGAUAUUGAGGCGGCUUUGCCUUCUCAACACGCUUUGAAAACAGCUGCCGGCCACGCCAAGGACUGGUUGGCUAAGGUUGAAGAAAUGCAGUCAAAAGAAUUAUACCCGUACAUGCAUAGUGUGGAGGCUUUGGUAAAGCGGUCCAUGCAAAUACCGAUAUCGUUAUUCGAGAAGGACCAAUUGGCAGCUGCUCUACAAUCGGCUAAGGAGUGGAAGAGAGGCACUGCUGAGAUGUUUUUGAAAAAGAAUUGGCCGUUUACCCUUCUAGAAGCUCUGUCACCUCGUACGGAAACGAGUAGCCCUCGGCGACGGGGAAGAGAUAAUUCAGAGGAUCCACCUCUAUUGAAGCACUUUAGUGAAGAUGCCACGCCCACUGAGAUCGUUGCAGCGUUCAAACAGGCUGAGUUGAGGGAGUUGGCUGCUAUCAGAGAGUUAAGGUCAAAAAAUAUGCGUAAAGAAGUCCGAUCACCGCCCACAGCCGGUCUCACGUUUUGCACUUGCCAGAAACGACAAUAUGGCUUGAUGACACAAUGUGAACUGUGCAAGGAUUGGUUUCAUGCAUCAUGUAUAUCAGCUGUCCGUGAUGAAACAGAAGAUAGAGAAGAAAGCCCGGAGCCAAUAGAGUUGCCGUUCCCGUCUCCAGAAGCGAAGUUCCUCUGUCCAGAUUGCACCAGAACGAAACGGCCCCGACUACAUCGCAUCCUUGCGUUACUGGUGUGGUUACAAAAACUCCCAGUACGUUUAGCUGAGGGUGAGGCAUUGCAAUGCGUGACAGAGAGGGCAAUGGCCUGGCAGGAUACAGCAAGAGCUAUACUUUCAAGUCCCCAACUGGCUGCGUACAAGACGGAUCCCACGCAAAGGUCGUCAGCGAGCGUGGAACACGCGUAUAGUGCGACGCCGCGGUCGCCAAACAGUCGUACGCCAAGCAUUCUUCAGAAGCUCGAGGACGCUAUGUUGGAGGGGGAUCUUCUUGAGGUCCGUCUGGAAGAGCAAGCGCAGAUCUGGAGCGCGGUGUGGGCAGUUCGGAGUGCGGAGGGCCGUCGCUCGGGUCGCGUGUUAGAGGCGGGUAGGCGCAAGAGGCCUCCUCAGCAGAGGCAUCAUCAUCAGCUAAAGCGGAGUCGGCCUCAUGGUGUCCCAGCACCGACAACGAAGUCAGUCAAACGAGGCUCAUCAACAACCACCAACUACCUGAAUCGGAAGCAGCCUUUGUCUUCUGCAUCAGGUCUGAUGAUGCGCAAGCAUUACAUGGCCCGACAAGAGAGAAGGAAACGAGCUAAACAUGUUCGCCACACUAGAUUAGGUGGUCAAACCCGUGGUGGUCACGCGGCAGCAAGUACGACGCGUCGCCAGGCUGCGUCACGAAGAAGCAGUACGUCAUCUCCUUCAUCAGCUGAGGAUGAUGACGAUUGUGCGGCUGCGGCUUGUUUGAGACCUACCGGCAAAGUGGAUUGGGUACAAUGCGACGGAGGCUGCGAUCAGUGGUUCCACAUGCUUUGCGUGGGGCUGAGUCGCGGCGCGUUGCGUGAAGACGACGACUACGUGUGCGGUUCGUGCGCGCAAAAGAGAGAUUCGAUACAUUAAGUAUGUACAGAUUUAGACGGCUGUGUACAGGAUAACCAUGAGUUUGUCAAAUGUUGGGUAAGAUUCAGACGACUUUGGAUCUUACGUUAGACAUUAAUAGAUAGUUAUAUUAACAGCUAUUUUUGCAUGCACUUUUUACGACAAGAACUUUGUAAAAUUUUGUGGCUUCGAAUUUGUUUUGUAUAAACUUAUGGUUAUUGUUAGGUUACCCGGACUUGCCGAUUUGUGUAUUAGAUUAAGGCUGAACAUAUUUUUAGUAUAAUGUGACCUUAUUACACACAUUCUCAUGAACUCAAACUCGGUCAGUUCCCAUAAAUUACUGUUGUGUUAAAUGUAAUCCGUUGGUAAUAUGGGAAUUGAUUGUUUAGAUUAUUGGAUUUGACAGUUGAAUGCCGAAAUAACAUCUUGAUGAAAUUUUUAAUAGUUCAUGUUAGUUUCAACUUUGCUUUGAUAAAUAAUGGAGAAUUUAUAUAAAUAUCAAAAAUAUAUCAGUACAAUCAGACAUGACAAUUAAAUUUUUGAAAAUAUAAAUGACUUCGGACUUGAAUUUAUGAGGCAUUCGUAUAUUAUGAACAAUUUAACGAAUUUUAGCAAAUAAAAAUUGAGUUAUUAAUUUAUGAUUGGUAUUCAAGCAAUACCGGUUUGGUUAAACGGUAAAAUUUGAUAAAUAAAAUGAAUUUAAACGAGAAUUAAUGAUAUUAAAUAAACAUUUUACUGCUUAACAGAAGUCCCGAAAAAUUCAAUACGCGUUUGUAUCCAGUUUUAUUACAACAAUACACGUAUAAAUACGUAGGCGAAUCGGUAUAAAUAAUAUUUAAACUCCAAAAGUAUACAAUCUAGUCAAAGCAUUUUUAUAAGACUCCGCGGAAAAAUAUUUUUUAUCAUUCAAUUAUUCAAACUUACAGUUUUUACAUAUUAAUGCCGUUUCGCUUACAUACCGUAAAUCCAAGCUUUAGCUGGUACCAGUUAUGGGUUGGAUGUAUGGAAUUCAAUUUAAAACAAAUAUCAAUAAAAAUCUACUUUUUUGUUAUCUUGUUAUGACAUGCGUAACUUGAAUGUAGGUACAUCAUUAUCAAUCAUUUUUAGCAGAGAAAUCUAAUUAUAACCAUGAAUCGAUACGCCUUUUUGCCGAUACGAUACUCUAUAGAAAUAUCGCCGAUACCGAUACCAAUACCAACGCUUAUUGAAUUAAAAUUAAAUUAAGCUAUAAUAUAUCAAGUUUGGUUUAAUUUUUUUUAUUUUUGGUAUGGAAAAAAUAAUACGCGCGAUAGCGGUCGAUGUAGUAAUGUACACUUAUGAACGUCAAAAAAAUAUAUACAUUAAAUGCUUUUCAUUUUACAUUUACUGCCAACUGAUCUCA